CUCAGCAACGCGGUUUUCAUUUUUAGUACUUGGGAAUUUUCCUUCAUGUCUUGAAGAAAAAUAGGUCAGAGUUUGGUCCAGAAUUCGAGCGAAGCCUUUAUCGCACCCUAAGCGAAGGAAAGGACCUUGUCCACUAUAAACGACGUUGAAUGAUGGCGGGAACGUUGGACUAUAGUGAUUGGUUAGGAAAUAGGGCCCUCCCCCGGAAACGGUCGAGCUGAGGUCCGACUGGAGGAGAGACGAGGUACUGGUUUCAGACCAGUUGAGAGACGAGGGACCGGUUUCAGGCCAGUUGAGAGACGAGGGACCGGUAUCAAACCAGUGUAGUUCUGUACGUUUCAUGGGGAACGAAGACGUUCACACCCGGAAUUGUAGUUUUAAUCCACAAGCGGAAGUCAAUGGCGGAAGACGACCAUGAAUCCUGAACGCAAACGCGUCAAAAUCACCCCCCACAAUGCACUGCAGCAGUCCCCAGGCUCCUCCCACAAUUUACUGCAGCAGUCCCCUGGCUCCUCCCACAAUGCACUGCAGCAGUCACCAGGCUCCUCCCACAAUGCACUGCAGCAGUCCCCUGGCUCCUCCCACAAUGCACUGCAGCAGUCCCCUGGCUCCUCCCACAAUGCACUGCAGCAGUCCCCAGGCUCCUCCCACAAUGCACUGCAACAGUUCCCAGGCUCCUCCCACAAUGCACUGCAGCAGUCCCCAGGCUCCUCCCACGAUGCACUGCAACAGUAUCCUGGCUCCUCCCACAAUGCACUGCAGCAGUCUCCAGGCUCCACCCACAAUGCACUGCAGCAGUCUCAAGAGGAAGAGGAAGAGAAUCUGCUGGUGGAGGAAGACACGACAGAUUCCAGCCUGGUCAUCACCAUGGACCGUGUGGACCAGGUGGGGGGGCCGGCGGGAGGGGGGCGUGCCCGGGGGGAGAAGAGGAGGCGGAGCAAGAUGACAUCUGACAGUGAAGAGGAGGCGGAGCCCAGGCUAGAGAUGGACCGACUUCUGGACCAAUCGCUGGAGACGAAGUCCAGACAUCACAAGCUGACCGCCGUCAAUGUCAAGAACAUCCUCCAUGAAGUGAUCACUAACGAGCAUGUGGUGGCCAUGAUGAAAGCAGCUCUCAACGAGACGGAGGCUGUGCCGCCCUUUGAGCCCAAGAUGACCCGGUCCAAGCUGAAAGAGGUGGUGGAGAGAGGAGUGGUGAUUCCAGCGUGGAACAUGUCCCCCAUCAAGAAGGCCUCAGAGGUCAAGGCCCCCCAGUUUGUUGACAUCCACCUGGCUGAGGAAGACUCUUCUGAUGAAGAGUAUCACCCAGAGGAUGACGAGGAAGAUGAGACCGCUGAAGAUACGUUCCAGGAGAGUGACAUGGAGAGCACCGCCUCGUCUCCCAGAGGAACCAGAAUACAUGAGACCGCUCGGUCCAAACGCCGGAGGGCGGAGUCUAUCUCCAUGGGACCGCCCCCUCCUCCCCAAGCUCCUCCCACCAACCCUGUGACUGACAGCUCCUUCUUGGAAAAACUACACGCUGUGGAGGAAGAGCUGUCCUGCAUGGAACCCUACCAGCUGCUGGAGGACAACCUGAUGGCCUACCGCACACGCUCAAAGCGUCCUCUGAGGAACGUCCCCCUGGGUCGCCUGGAGGCGGAGCUUCGGGCCCCUGACAUCACACCUGACAUGUACGACCUAGGCCCCGCCCCCGAGGACAGGGAGUGGACUCAUUGGCUGAGAGGCCUGAUGAGCUCAGAUGUAGAAAACGAAGAGGAGUGUGAUGAUGAGGACGACCCAGAGUAUAACUUCUUGGCUGAUAACCAUGAACCGGACCAGGAGGAUUACCGUGACGACCGCGCCGUCCGCAUCACCAAGAAGGAGGUGACGGGGCUGAUGGAGGAGCUGUUUGAGACGUUAAAGGAGGACCUCGUCAGUCAGGACUGUGAUGAUGAAGGCCACGAGGAAGAGGAUGAGCCCCAAGAACACUCACCCAUGUCGGUGGUGUCCCAGGAUCGGCCAAUCAGAGAGCUGCGUACGGUCCGCCAGCAACUGGAGCUGUUGAGGAGCCGCAAACACACACACAACACACGCAACACACACAAGACACACCCACACCACCCGCACACCCCAGAACCCUUCACCCCAACGCUGGACGCCCCGCAGAAAACACGACUACAACAUCAGCUGCAGCAGACCGCUCGGUCCAAACGCCGGAGGGCGGAGUCUAUCUCCAUGGGACCGCCCCCUCCUCCCCAAGCUCCUCCCACCAACCCUGUGACUGACAGCUCCUUCUUGGAAAAACUACACGCUGUGGAGGAAGAGCUGUCCUGCAUGGAACCCUACCAGCUGCUAGAGGACAACCUGAUGGCCUACCGCACACGCUCAAAGCGUCCUCUGAGGAACGUCCCCCUGGGUCGCCUGGAGGCGGAGCUUCGGGCCCCUGACAUCACGCCUGACAUGUACGACCUAGGCCCCGCCCCCGAGGACAGGGAGUGGACUCAUUGGCUGAGAGGCCUGAUGAGCUCAGAUGUAGAAAACGAAGAGGAGUGUGAUGAUGAGGAUGACCCAGAGUAUAACUUCUUGGCUGAUAACCAUGAACCGGACCAGGAGGAUUACCGUGACGACCGCGCCGUCCGCAUCACCAAGAAGGAGGUGACGGGGCUGAUGGAGGAGCUGUUUGAGACGUUAAAAGAGGACCUCGUCAGUCAGGACUGUGAUGAUGAAGGCCACGAGGAAGAGGAUGAGCCCCAAGAACACUCACCCAUGUCGGUGGUGUCCCAGGAUCGGCCAAUCAGAGAGCUGCGUACGGUCCGCCAGCAACUGGAGCUGUUGAGGAGCCGCAAACACACACACAACACACGCAACACACACAAGACACACUCACACCACCCGCACACCCCAGAACCCUUCACCCCAACACUGGACGCCCCGCAGAAAACACGACUACGACAUCAGCUGCAGCAGCAUGUCCAGCUGCUGCUUCAGGUCAAUCUGUUGACGAGCUACGUCCCAGAGCUCCACAGCGAGGCGGAUGUUACCAAGCACUUCCUGGUGGAGCUGGAGGUGCUGGCUCUUAGGGGGGAGGCGCUGCGGGGGAGGGGGGGGAGUUACUUCAGGGCCUCCAGCCUCGGGGAGGCCCUGCUGCUCCUGGAGGAGGUGCAGCGCUCUCCUCUGGUGUAUCAGCCCCCGACACGCCCCCCCGAUGCCCACGGACGCAUGCGCUGCUACCCGGUCCUGCCCGCCCGGCUGGCCUGGCUGUUCGCCACGCGCUCCGUCUUCCUCUACCCUGAGCUGCUGCCCACGGCCAGCCUGGCCCCGGCCCUCUACCGCCCCCGCAAGGCCGGGGUCUUCACUGCUGCUGAGGACUGUCUUGUGGUGCUGGGUCUGAGGACCAUGGAGGGGACUGCGCAGCCGGUUCAGCUGGUGUCUCACUUCCUGGUGCGUAGGAGCUGCGCUCAGAUACGACAGAGGAUCCUACAGUGCUGUCGGGCCGGGGUCCCCAACAACAUCAUCAAGAUGUACCGGUCCCAGCGGGCCGUGGGUUCGAUGCCGGCCGCCUGCAGCCGCAGGGUGGAGCCAGCCGGACAGCGCCCCCCGGUGGAGAGGGACCAGAGACUGCUGCCUGCCUGGCUCUCAAGGAGUCUGCCAAUCAUCUACUCCUCGCUCCAGACCGUAGCGCCUAGCUCCUCCCCCCUCCAGGCCGUAGUGCCUAGCUCCUCCUCCUCGCUCCAGACCACCGUAGUGCCUAGCUCCUCCUCCCUCCAGACCAUAGCACCUAGCUCCUCCCCCCUCCAGACCAUAAUACCCACUGGUGUCCGGCGGUCGCGGCGUUGCCAUAGAGUCCUGCUCAGCAGGAGGUUCAGCGUCCCGGCAGGACAGACGUACCCCCCCCUGCUGCCCCUCAACCUGGCCUUCCAACGCAUGGGCUUCGUCCUGCCCUGCUACUCCUAG